AUGGCAACUUCCGACGAAAAACUUAUUCGGGUGCCAGUGCUUGAUGUCUUGCCGAAUGAAGUUGGAGCUCUAAAAGUAUUUUCCCAUUGGGACAGAAUGCUUACAAAUUACUUAACAGCUGUGGAAUCAAACAGAUCCUCGGGAGGUGUUUCAAGGCAAAUCAACAAAUGUGCUAUCAUGGGUGGAUAUUUAUCACCUGACGUGUUUUCCUUUGUGGAAGAUGUGGAUGUGUAUGAUGAAGCUAUGGUGAUUUUGCGCAAACAUUAUCAAAGAAAGAAGAAUAUCAUAUAUGCAAGGCACACGCUGGCCACACGGAUUCAGUUGAGCAGUGAAACUAUCUCCGAAUUUUCCCAGGCGCUCAGGUCGCUUGCGAAAGAUUGUAAUUUCAAAGCAGUCAGCGCCGAGCAACACAGAGAGGAGGCGCUAAGAGAUGCGCUUAUAACAGGGCUAUGUUCCGCUAAUAUUCGACAAAGAUUGCUAGAAUAUGACGAAUUAUCACUGGAAAAAAACAUUCAAAUUGCUGAUUCUUUGGAACGAGCCGAGAAAUUUUCACAUUCGUACCAGCAAUCAUUGCCUCAUCAAGCAGCUGUUACUUCAAUGGAUGAUAAAUUUUCGGUAAACAAAGAAGACCAAUUUUCUGAGUUUGGCUCUAAUAGUGACCAACACGUAGCUGCUGCUAGAAGUACUUACGGAACAAAAGUUAACCGUAGAAGGUGUUAUUUUUGUGGACGAAUUCAUGCUUUAAAUCGACUGAAGUGCCCUGCUAGAAACGCAGAGUGUUUUAAUUGUGGUCUUCGAGGACAUUUUGCAACAGUUUGUCGUAAAGCGAAGAAAUCGGUUGCUACCGUAAACGAUUUGCACCUGACUUCAAUUAUAGCUGAUAUUCAUACUUCGUUGUCACGACCGACGAUUACUGCUAAAAUUGCGGAAAACCCUCUGAUGGCUCUGCUAGACUCCGGUGCUUCACAGAGUUACAUAAAAGCAUCCGUGGCAAGAAGUCUUGGCCUCGCCCUCUACGGUCCAAAAACUGUGAUUGCACUUGCUUCGAACGAAUCAGUUGCACAAACCAUUGGGUAUGUGGACGCACCGCUAAAGAUUGGAACGAGAGUUUAUGAUGCAAUGAAGUUUGGUGUUGUGGAAAAUCCGCAGACCUGUUCCUUGUACGUUGGUAAAGAGGUCUGCAAUUUGGCUAGCGCAAAAGUAAGUGAACCUUUACGUAUUUUUCGAUUUGUUGACGAUAACUGUAAGCCAGUUGCUGUCAGGUCCCGAAACUACAGUUCCGAUGAUCUAAAGUUCAUCAAAGAUGAGAUUACUCGUUUGUUGCGGGAGGGCAUCAUAGAACGGUCAGAGUCGCCGUGGCUCGCUCAAGUAUUGGUCACAAAAGACCAAAGACAUAAAAAACGUCUUGUUAUUGACUAUUCACAAACAAUAAAUAGAUACGCUGCUCUUGACGCGUAUCCCUUACCUCGCAUAAACAAUUCAAUUAACGAGGUUGCUAAAGGAAAGAUUUACAGUACCAUUGAUUUACGUUGGGCUUAUCACCAAAUUCCUAUUUCUGACGUUGACAGACCUUACACUGGGUUCGAAGCUGCUGGCUCUUUAUAUCAAUUUUGCAGGGUCCCUUUUGGAGUGACUAACGGAGUGGCUGUAUUUCAGAGAUACAUGGACUCUUUCAUCGAGCGUGAAAAUCUUGAAGGCACCCUUGCUUACUUAGAUAACGUCACAAUUUUUGGGGAUGAUCAACCACAACAUGAUAAACGAUUGAAAGCUUUUAUGAAUGCUGCGGAGCGGCAAGGUUUGACAUUAAAUAAAAAUAAAUCUGUAUUUUCCGUGACUGAACUGAAAUUCCUCGGGCAUUUGGUAUCACGUGGAAAAAUUCGGCCAAAUCCUGAUCAUUUACAACCUCUUAUUAAUCUUAAACCACCUAGAAAUGGAAGUAAUUUGAAACGUUGCUUGGGAUUAUUUGCCUACUAUUCGAAAUGGAUAUCUAAAUUUUCUAAAAAAUUAAAGCCACUUUCAACAAAUACAUCAUUUCCCCUCAAAGGCAAAGCUUUAUCUUCUUUUAAUCAACUGAAAGCUGAUUUGUUAAAAACGUGCUUGGGGUGCAUAUAUGAAGAUGAACCGUUUGUUAUUGAGUGUGAUGCAUCCAAAUUUGCGAUUGCAGCCAUAUUGAGUCAAAAAGGAAGGCCGGUUGCCUUUAAUUCUCGGUAA